AUGACAGCCCCUCCUUUCACACCGUCUGCCGCAGCUGCUGACGACGUCGGCGCCGGCGACGCAGAUCCCGAGCCGCAGCUGCACCUGUCGUCGCCCCACGUCGCGUCGGCGCUCGCUGCGCUGCACGCCGCAUCCGGCGCUGCCCCUGCAGAUCCCGGUGCCGCCGCCGCAGCGCCCGCGGCGGGGGUCGUUACGAUAUACGACUAUGACCUCGUCACCAUCCCCCUCGAGGUCUUCCAGGAGGCGGUCGCAACCACCAUGGAGGCGCUCAAGCAGCGCCAGAUGCAGCAGGCGGCCGCCGCCGCCGCCGCCGCUGCCGUGCCUGACUGGAGCCGGCUGCAGCACCACUCGCAUCAUCACCACCACCACCAGCACCACGACCAGCUCGCCCCGCGCCACGCGCCGCUGAAGCCGCCCGCCGCCGCAAAAAAGAAGCACCGGAAGAAGCCGCACGCGUCCGCCGGGGGCGGCGCGGGAGAGGACGACGGCGUCAUGCCGCCCGAGGCGCUGUCGCUGCCUUUUGAUGUGAUGGCGAUUGUGGCGCAGGGGCGGUGGAGCAAGCGGCUGGAGGAGGUGCUGGAUGAGAAGGCUGUCACGUUGCCAUGGGCGGUGCUGCGGCGGCUGAAGCGCCAGGCGGGGCGGCCAAGCAAUGCGUACCUGCGGCACCUGCGGCUAGCAAAGGCGGCGGCGGGGUUGGAGGAGCAGGGCGAGGAGGCGGAGGAGGGGCACGUGGCCUUGGCCGCGGGCGGCGGGGGCGAGGGGGGGUUUGACUUGCGCGCUGAGGCAGGCGGCGGCGGCAGCGGCGGCAGCGCGGCGGCGCUUGCGGCGGCGGGAAGCGCGGGCGGGGUGUCGGAUCCCGCGCUUGCAUCGGUGGCUCUUGCAGUGCCGGGGCCUGGCGGCGGUGGCGGCGACUUGGACUUGUUGUUGGGCGGCGGCGGCGGCGGCGGUGGCUCGGGCGAUGGCACGGGCGGUGGCGCAGGCGUUGGUACGGACCAUGGCACGGGCGGCGUUGCGGGGCCGCAUCUUUUGGGGAUGCAGCUGGCGGCGCCGUCGGCGCUUGUAUUAGAGGGCUUGGACGCUGAGCUGCCCCCCAACCAGUGA